CAGUGCCUUGUUACGAACUGCUGGUGUUUUGUGCACUUCAGCGCAUUUCAUUUACCACGUCCUGCUUCGUGGUUAAGUGCUUACUUCUAAUUUAUAAGCGCUUAUUAGAUCUAAGCUUGAACCUGGAUAGACCGCCAUGCAGCGAACGCACCUCAGUCGCCCGCAGUGCGGUGGCAGCGCGCUGAGCCGGAACAGGAACCACACCGUUGUGGCUUCAUUCCAAACCUGUAGCCGACGUGGUGCUAUUAAGGUGCGAGCCAGCGGCGGCAACAGCGACGCCGGCGGUGGUGGCGGUGCUGGGCUGCUUCAGCGGCUGGGUCGUGUCAUCAAGGAGAAGGCCGCGGGCGACUUUGACCGCUUCUUCAAGGGGACCUCCAAGACACGAGAGCGCCUGGGGCUGGUGGACGAGCUGCUCGCGCUGUGGAGUCUGGAAGACUACGAGGAGAGCCUGGAGGAGCUGGAGGAGGUCCUCAUUAGCGCCGACUUUGGUCCUCGUACGGCACUAAAGAUUGUGGAUCGCAUCCGCGAUGGAGUCAAAUCUGGCACUGUGAAGAGCGCUGACGACACACGUGCCGCUCUCAAGUCGGCCAUUGUGGAGCUGCUCACCAGUCGGGGGGCAGCGGGGGGCCGUACAUCAGAACUACGGCUCCAGGGUCGGCCAGCUGCCGUAUUGAUUGUGGGGGUCAACGGAGCCGGAAAGACGACCACUGUCGGGAAGCUGGCGUACAAGUACGGCAAGGAGGGAGCCAAGGUCUUCCUCAUUCCGGGAGACACCUUCAGAGCCGCGGCGGCCGAGCAGCUCGCGGAGUGGGGUCGCCGCGCGGGGGCGACGCUGGGAACCUUCAGGGAGGGGGCGAGACCGCAAGCCGUCAUUGCCUCGAGGGCGUGUAAGGACCCCGCUGACGUGUACGACCUCGUACUGGUGGAUACGGCAGGUCGGUUGCACACGGCGUACAAGCUCAUGGAGGAGCUGCAGCUGUGCAAGUCGGCGGUGGGGACUGCGCUUACUGGGCAGCCCGACGAGACGUUGUUGGUGCUCGACGGGACUACGGGCCUCAACAUGCUCAACCAGGCAAGAGAGUUCAACGACGCGGUGAAGCUGACCGGGCUAAUUCUGACCAAGUUGGAUGGCACUGCACGGGGAGGUGCGGUGGUGAGUGUGGUGGAUCAGCUGGGACUGCCUGUCAAGUUUAUCGGAGUGGGAGAGACGGCCGAGGACCUGCAGCCGUUUGACGCAGAGGCCUUCGCUGAGGCGCUUUUCCCACGUGAAGUGGCCGUGGCGGCCAAGUGACGUGGAGGCUUCACUCACCUAACGUCUGCUCCCCGAGUGCUUGGGGACUCGGUGGCGAGCAGUAGUUUGGGAAGGGCGAAGAUGGACUGAGCAAUGUGGAUGUUCUCCCUGGGCAUAUAGGAUGUGGUGGCGGUGGGGCACCCUGGUUUUCUGAAAAGUAAACCCUGGAGUGUAAUUAACACUCAUCCACAAUAUUAAAGGCUUGUAACCGUGAACGGUUCCAAGAGUUAAUAGGACAUGCGAUGAAGGGGUGUCCGAGUGCUUGGGAAGGCAUUCAGUUUUGGAGGAGUUUUGCAUGUCGGGUUGCGGGUGGGGCUCGGGGUUGUGAGGGAUAACCAAAGGUUUCCCUCCGGCUGGUCCCCUAUGGUGUCAGAGCCGCUUCGUGGGUGACAUUCGCGAGCCCAGCAGGCUGAGCAAGGGGUCAUCGGGAGCAGUGAACGAGUGAUGGGUUGUCAGUUUUUGAGGAUGCAUCCAAGACCGGAACGGCCUUAUUACUUGCUUGUACACAUCCUGUGCUUGGUGUAGUGGUGCGGGUGGUGGCGGUGGUGGUGGGUUACUCAAGGGGAACAUCAAGCCCGGGCAAGGAUGCGGAGUAUGGGAUAUGGGGAGCUGGAGGGAUAUGGGUUACGUUUCUCCUAGCCGGUGAAGGGUUGCGACUCCUGGUUGUGUGAAAUCUCCCCCAGGCGCCGGGCUGCUUACCGGGCUGUCGUGACAGGUCUUCUCCGGCCGCAAAGCCGUGUGCCCCAUCCCUGUGGAACUAAGGUCGGCUCACAAGCGGCUGUAGGAGUGUAUGGAAACCGGUCGCCCCGAUCUUGCUGAGGAGCGACAUCACUGCUAAGCAGGAUGCUCUGGGGCAAUGGAUUUGGUCGGGGGGCGGGUGGGUGAAUGAACUUUGCCGGCUCGGUAAGCAACUGUUGGAUUAAGUUGCGGCAGGCGCCAGGACGUUGCUGCGAUGUUACAUAUCGAUCCGG